UUUCAUUUCCCUUGUAUAGAGUUGCAUGCUUAAGAUCAGUGAUUUCCAACCUGGGAUACUUCUGCAGUUGCUAGGGGGUAUGUGGAGAGAGUAGAGUAGCUCAAGUCAUUUAAAAAAAAAAACGACUUCAAUAACGAUUGGAUUAUUUUGUUUUUAUUUAUAAAGUCUGCAUAUUGAGUCUGUGACACCUGAACAGUACGCAUUGUGACUGAGAGUGAAAGAAAACGGGGUAGUGAACGAAUCUCAAGUUUGUUGCUGUAUAUUCUGAAGUCUUCAGAGUCUCAUUAGUGACAUCUGGUGGCGAGAUUAUGUCGCUAUACUUAAGGGACAUUGAACUUCCCCCUACACUUGAGCAUUUAGCUGGUAUGAAUAAAUAUAUAUAUGGUUAUUGCAGUUAUUUCUAUUUGUAGUUUCUAACAAGAACGCUUCUCUCUUCCACUUGGAAAUUAACAUAUUUUGACUAUCUGCAGUCAAAUUUUAGGCUGAACUAAACUUAACGCUGAACUAAGUUUUGAAGUUUCUUGUAGGCUUACUGUGGUGGCUUUUUCUCUUUCCUGGGGCAUGGGAGUUGCCUGGGGUCCAAGUCAACACUAAUAAGGAAAAGCCUUUUAUAAAAACAAGCUUUUGAGUGAGUGUAAAUAACCCCCAGCGUGGGUCGACAGCAGCGCUUGGCUCUGUAUCUGCAUUUGAAUGGGAGGCAGCACCGUCAAGCUAAUGCGUAAACAGUCCUUAUCACAACACCGCUGUGCAUGGUUUGGUUGGUAAAUCUUUAUCUGCUCUGCCGAGAGAAUCUCGCAUGUUGUCUUCAAGAUAGGUCGAGGUAAAUGUUAGUUAGAGGACUUUACGGGCUUGCCAACUGUUUACGCGCUCUGGUGCAGGCCAGGGGAGAGGCUUAUAGGCUGCUGGAGGUUUCUGUGGGGAGAAGAAGGGAGCCAGACAGGCGACAGUCAGCGCUGUCUUGGCCUCAGGGCAGAGGCAGAGAGCGAGCAGGCGAACCAAUGAGAAGGAGACAUUCACUCCCCUCUGUCCUGCCCGGCUUGGCUCCUCUCGGCGCGCCCUGUAAUUACGAGCUCUCGUUGGGUUGGGCACCGCCACGGUGGACAGCCCUGCUGCUGCGUCAAGGGAGUUUGGGAACGCCAGCUCCAGACAGCGAGGAUUCCUGAACACUUCUGGGUUUUGAGUGCAGAGCAAAGCACUAAAACGCUUGAGAAUGAACGGGCAACCCUCACCUGCCUUCGAGGAGAAGAAGCCUUGCCUCCCCGUGGCUGGGAGCUCCAUCUCGGCCGCCAAGGAUUCCCCGACCCUGCCGGAGUCCUCCUCCACAGACAUGGGCUUCUACAGCGGGCAGAGUGCGCUCCACGGCUCGCAGGAUUUCUACCCGGCGCAGCAGCCGUACUCUGCUCAACACAUGAACCCGUACGCGUACCACCACUAUAACUUCAACGGGAUGGCUCCUGGCGGUGCCUAUACUGUUGGCAAGGCAGAAUACCCGUACCCCCACGCAGCAUACAGAGAGCACGGUGCGUUCAGCAGGGAGGUACAGUCAGCGCUGCAGGACGGCGUGAAAGAAGAACCUGACAUGGAGGUUAGGAUGGUCAAUGGGAAGCCCAAGAAGGUGCGGAAACCCCGGACCAUCUACUCCAGUUACCAGCUAGCAGUCCUGCAGAGGAGAUUCCAGUCGGCACAGUACUUGGCCCUGCCGGAGCGCGCCGAGCUGGCUGCACAGCUGGGCCUCACGCAGACACAGGUCAAAAUCUGGUUCCAGAACCGUCGCUCCAAGUUCAAGAAGCUCUACAAGAACGGAGAGUUUCCACUCGGGGAUAUUCCUCUUGAACACAGUCCAGACGCCAGCGAUUCCAUGGCGUGCAACUCUCCUCCAUCCCCAGCUGUGUGGGAAAACAACCACGGCAACAGUAACAACAACAGCAGCACCAGCACCAACAACACAAACAGCAGCAGCAGCGGCAUCAAGAGUAAUGCAAUGAUGGAUCCUACCAGCAGGGGGCAGGGUCCCUAUCAGCCUCCAGGUGAUUCCUCACCCGCCUGCAUGGCAGACUUCACACACCAGAACUGGUACCAGCAGCAGGGUGCAAAUUUAGGUCUGCAACAGUCGGGCCCGACGCACCACACACCAUCAACAGGACCGCCAGCCACACAGAGUAUGGGAGCCGUCUACUGAUGUUAAACCAGGAACUGGAGCCCUGCGCUUAAACACCAGGGGGAGUUUUUGGAUUAUUCGGAGUGCUGUUGUGACCAAAAACACCUGACAGUGAUCACCAGACACGAGUCAUGACUGUAAAACCUGAAACACAUGUUGUAAAACAGGCGUUACUACAGUAAAUGUGGACUGAAAACGAGUGGUCUCAGUUACCCUGUACUCCUCACCUCUGAAGUUUAUGAACUAACAAUGAGGUUAUAAUGGAGAUUAGGGUGAUUGAUGUUGAUUUUUAAGACUGAUACUGACAUGUUUAUUUGAAAUCACUGAUAAUGGAUGACAUUUUGUAUAUUUACUAUUUUAAAUAUGACUAUGUUUAUGCUAGAAACUUGGAUUAAUUGAGCAUUUCCCUUGAAAUUUGCUUGUGGAAAGAGCCUCUGACACCGCAUUUUGACUCUAAAACUGACUACUACUGAAAUUCUUCCAGGGUUUUCAGCAAAUGAAAGCCCACCACACGAGCAUGGAAAACCUUGAGAUAUGUAAGGCUUUAAAUUUAGAGGAAGCAGGAUUGUUUGAUGUAGCUGUGGUCAGACACCUUGUUAAAGGUGAGCAACACUGAAAGGCUGAUAACCUUUUAAAAUAAAAUAUCAAUAUCAACCAAACACAGGAGACAAAAUGUGGAGAGACACUGAAAUGAUCGAUGAGAGGGUGUUUUUUUAAAAGGACAGUUUGCAAACUUAUUUUCCAUUAGGAAUAUGUUUGCACAUCAUGGAGAAACACAGGCCCUACGGGACAUUCAGUGGAUGACUGACUUGUGUAGCUCCAGUGCAUUUUACCUACCCCAUUUACACUGUCCUAACAAUUUUUGCAUCCAUAUAUUUUUUGUCUAAAGGGUUCUAUUAGAACUGUUGAGCACUGUUUUUCAGGUGAAAAGGUCAAGCGUGUGCUCUCGGUGUAAAGGUAAGGCUGGGAUUAAAAAAAUGUACACACAACAAUGGACAAGAGCAUCCCGUUGUAUGAAGGCUUUUGUGGCUCCAGAGGGAGUGUGAAAUCUGAUAAACUGCCUCAAAGGGUGUCAACGUCGAAAAGGGCUGAAAACUACAAGAUUGAAAAUUUUAAAUAAAUCUAGGGGUGUGGAGUCAGAAAGAAGGGAGCUUACUUCUGUAGCUCCUCAUCUCUGCUAGAUGCUAGCAGCUGAAAGCUACAUUAGCCGGCCGCAACUAGCAUUACAUACCAAUACUCAGACCAAACUGUCGGUGGUUGAGUUGCAUUAUGGGUGAUACUUCUGCAUUGAUUAUUUGUCCAUUGUGAGUCCGACAAUGUCACUGGAGUGCAAUGAUGGGUUGGUGGUGAUGGUUCAGUGGAUAAGACGCAUGCUCUUGGUGUGAGAGACCCAGAUUCAAUUCCCUGCUGUGACCCAUCAACCAUUGUGUCCCUGAGCAAGACACUUAACCCCUAGUCGCUCCAGAGGCGUGCGACCUCUGACAUGUAUAGCAAUUGUAAGUCGCUUUGGAUGAAAGGUUGAUUUUACAUGCGAGAGAAGCUCAAAGGCUUUAAAUUAGCACUAAAUUUCUUCUAAAUCAAUUCGAUUGUGAGUUAGUAGAAACCUAAACCAGAGAGAGGCCCAGGUACAAAAUGUGAUGUAAAUGUUAUUCAGCACUGCCACAUUUUGGUUUAGCAUAUGGGUUAUAUCCUCAAAUACGUCAAACAGUAAAAAAGGUACAGUAUGAGCAGCAUUUUGGAAUUGACCUUGGUGAUAUGUACUGUUUAGGUAGCUGAAAUGUCUCUCUGAUCAAUUAGAUCAGGAGGCUCCUUCCAGACAUACAUUCCAAUGUUUCGGUGAUAUGGUCAUUGAUUCACAGUGUGUUUUGCAUGUGCAGCUUUUUCUCUUAACUGUAUAAAUCUGCCAGUAAUUUAAAUGUAACAGAAACACUUCAUCCUACAAUUCCCAUAAUGCAACUCAGUAAUGUCUUUCAUUAGACUCCUUGCUUGAUAAAUGCCUCCAUCUUUCAAAUUCCAUGUUGACUUUUUAACAUAGACAUUGUUAUAAAAUUGAAAUCUCCUUCCCAGAUAACCCUGAUGACAUAACUAUGACAUCAUCAGGGUAAGUUUCUCGGACUCCCCCAGAGCCACAGGAGACAUUAUACAACUGCUUUCAUGGGUUGAGUAGUAUUUUUCAAGAUGAGUAAACUGAUCCUCAUCGGUAAAAUUGUUGGAGUGGCCCUUUAAUUCCUGCUCACAAACUCUACAAGGCCCUGACCUCUUCAAAAAACAACAACACUGAUGUCAAGUUGGUGCUAAAACAUUUGAAAAAGAAGUUGUAUAUAUUCUAUUAACACAAGUGCUGCACUCAGGACUUUUAUUUAUAGUCAACUAGAUCAAAUGUGGCACAACAGUUUGUGCCUUAGGAGAAUUUUCUUUUCAGAGUUAAAAAGUAAAAAAUAAAACGUCUGUAUUU